CUCGCUCUGUCUGCUCAGCCCACGUGGUUUCUGGUUCCUGAAGUGUUUUUUGAUGGCGAACGUCCUGCUGAAAUGUGCCGCGGUGGACGUGCUGCUCCAAUGGACGGGUUGGGCGGUGUCGGCGGCGCUUCGCACCGAGAGGUUCUAUGAUUUGGCUGGCUCUGGAACUUUCAUCUUAUUGACUCAUUUGAGUCGUCAUUGGGGUGGCCGAGGGUUCCUGCGUCAGAAGGUGCAGUCUGGACUGGUGACUUUAUGGGGGCUGCGACUGGGAUUCUUUCUGUUCCUUAGAAUCAUGAAGGAGGGCCAGGACCGGCGGUUCAAUCAUGUACGGGAGAGCCCAGGGAUUUUCUUUGUCUACUGGACAGUGCAAGCCCUCUGGGUUUUUAUAACCCUCCUCCCUACUCUCAUCCUGAACAUUGAACAGCGAGAUCGACCCCUUGGCAUCAGGGAUUGGCUGGGCUGGAGCCUCUGGCUGCUGGGCUUUACUAUUGAGACAGUCGCCGACCAGCAGAAGUGGAAUUUCAAGAAUGACCCAGAUAAUGCUGGCAGGUUCAUCCAGAGCGGACUUUGGGCCUGCAGUCGCCACCCUAACUAUUUUGGAGAGAUUCUACAAUGGAGCGGCCUCUUCAUCUCUGCCUCUUCUGUGAUGCAGGGUGCCCAGUAUGCCACCCUGAUCUCGCCACUAUUUGUUUGGUUUCUGCUUCGCCACGUCAGCGGGAUUCCCAUCCUGGAGAAGCAGGCCCUCAAGCGCUGGGGGAGCGACCCAACCUUCCAGCAGUAUGUCAGAGAUACUCCCGUCCUCUGGCCAUUUCUUAGAUGAUCUGCUAUAAAUGGAAGCUACACUGUUGUGUUAGCCAGUAAAACUAUAAUGAUUCGGGAAGAGUGGUCUUCAAAACAUGCCAUUGAUUGGGUUAGAGAAGAAUCAAGGUAUUUUGGGCAAUUUUGUUUUCACUGGGUGUCUUGGGGGGGCGAUUGUAAUGGGAUUUAUUACACUGCACAAUGACGAUUUCAUUUCUUGGACACUUCUACAUGUAUCUUGUGGAUUUUGACCUUUAAAUUUUCCUGCUAUGUUCUA